AUGGCUGCUUUAAACCCGGGGAACCCGCAGCAGUACGUCACCGGCUUCCCGCCGCCACCUUUUUUCUAUUUGGAGUAUGGCAAGCCGGCGGAGACAGAGCAGGGCCGUCCUGCCGAGCCGAAUGCGACAGGAGCCACCAGCAGUGUGAACGGCUCUUUGUUCCCGAGCUGGUUCUCACUGCCGGAGGCAGCUCAAGACGGUGUGGAGGACGAGCCGCGUAGACGUAGAGAGCGAGGUUUGCUGAGUGCCUGGAUGUGGGGGGGAAGGCCCCCGCCAGAACCGGUAAAGGAUUUUUGGACCGCAUUUGGAGCAACCUACAGUGAGGCAUACAGUGAGCCCGUCCUAGAUUCUGACACCAAGCUCUACGUCUACGACGAAAGUGGCACGCACGAAGGCACAGAGGAAGGAGACCGGACAGAGUCCGCAGCGCCGAAGCCAGCCAUCGACUUAAAAGACGAAUUCAAGCGUUUGUAUAGUCUUUACGUGCAAGAGGCCUUGGGGUUGUUGGACUCACUGGCACGCGGAGGUGGAGAUGGUGGGCAAGCGAACAAGUGGCGGAAGGUCGUGAAGCUUCACAAGAAUUUGUUGCACAUUCUUUUGAAACUGCGCACUUUUCAGGCCGAGGACGAAGUGCUGGAAAGGUUGACGCGGCAGCUCGAGAAACGCAGGGAGGCAGCCGACGGUCUUAAGCGAGGUCUCGCAGCUGCAGUGUCGCUGCUAGACCAGCAAAAUGCGGUUGCUGCCCCGCAAGUGGGGGAAGUCACUCAUGCGCCAGAACUCUAA